AUGUACGAAGUGCUUCACCGACAGGAGGGCGCCCACGACGACGGCAUUUGGAGUGUUGGGUGGGCUCGAGGCGUGUCCGACGGCAUUGAACACAUCGUCACCGGCAGUCUCGACGACACCGUCAAAGCGUGGAAGUGGGACGAUCACAGACUGGAUCUGCGCUACAUCUUUGAGGGACACGCUCUGGGAGUGGUGUCUGUGGACGUCGACAGCAGUGGUAGUAUCGCGGCAUCCAAUUCGCUGGACAGUCACAUCCGACUCUGGGAUCUGGUGUCUGGCAAUCAGUACGAAGUGCUUCACCGACAGGAGGGCGCCCACGACGACGGCAUCUGGAGUGUUGGGUGGGCUCGAGGCGUGUCCGACGGCAUUGAGCACAUCGUCACCGGCAGUCUCGACGACACCGUCAAAGCGUGGAAGUGGGACGAUCACAGACUGGAUCUGCGCUACAUUUUUGAGGGACACGCUCUGGGAGUGGUGUCUGUGGACGUCGACAGCAGUGGUAGUAUCGCGGCAUCCAAUUCGCUGGACAGUCACAUCCGACUCUGGGAUCUGGUGUCUGGCAAUCAGGUGCAGAGUAUAGACGCCGGACCCGUUAACGCCUGGACAGUGACCUUCUCUCCCGACUCUAAAAUGAUAGCCACUGGCAGUCAUUCGGGAAAAAUUAUCUUAUAUUCGGUCGGAAGCGGCGAAAAGUCGGAACAGAGUCUGGACUCGACCGGAAAGUUCACUCUAAGCAUAGCUUUUAGACCAGACGGCCAACAGAUAGCGAGCGGUGCCAUCGAUGGUAUGAUUAAACUAUUCGAUAUCGAAACGGGAAAAAUGCUGACAACACUUGAAGGACACGCAAUGCCCAUCCGUUCGCUCACAUUCUCACCCGAUUGUCGACAUUUGAUCACCGCUUCAGACGACUGUCACAUAAAGAUCUAUGACGUGCCGACCGGUGAACUCAUAUCAACUCUUUCAGGACACGGCUCUUGGGUUCUAAACGUGGACUUCUCGGCCGAUAACAAGCACUUCGCCUCCGCUUCGUCUGACAAAACGGUUAAGAUAUGGGAUGUGGAGACCAGGGAUUGUGUUCAGACAUUCGAUCACCACACGGAUCAAGUCUGGGGCGUUAAAUACAACAGCAAUGGGAGUCGAUUAGUGUCCGUAUCGGACGACCACUCGAUCAUAAUAUACAACUGUCCGCUUUGAUCACUACUGACUGUUUGACGAACAAAGUCGGCUGCAGUGCUUCUCCGGCCGACUCUUGUGCGGCUCUUCUUUCACUUGAGCCGUCACUGUCUCUCCGUUUUCGUCUAUCUCUUGGAUCGCUUUCUCCGGCAGUGAUUCCGCUGUUUUCAAUGAAGUCAUUGUAUAUUUUCACACAUUUUUUAAACAAAUAAAUUAUAUAUCAUUUAAAGUAUUGAAUUAAA